AUGUCGAUUAUGAAUCAUAAGAAGUCUUAAUUAGAAAAAGGAACUUCGUAAGAAAUGGAAUACAAGUUCAAAAUAUCACUAUUUAACGCUAUGCAUAAUAUCAUACAGAAUAAUCUCUGCAAUACUUUCAUUUAUUGUGUGCUGCUAAGCAUUGAAAAUCUGUAACUAAUGUACUAUCCCAUUCAUCCAGUUAUAGAUUUUUUAUGGGAUAAUUAAGGACUGAAUUAUUUCAGGAUCAUUCUCCGUUACUUUCAAUUCAAUUAUCUUAUAGAUUAAGGCGUAACCAUAUUCAUAAUUUUAUUAUACAUUUCUUUUGGAGUAAUGGUGAUUAUAGGUUUGAUAUUCUUCAUUAGUUAAUAUUCAUUAAGCCAAUUAAAAUAUCAAGAACAACAAUCUGGAUUGCUUGUUUUUAAUUUCAAAUUGUUGUCCUUGUUACUUAUUAUUUUGAAUACUAUAUUGGCACUACCUUUUUAUAACAUCUUUUUGGCUACUAUCUAUUGCAGAUCAGAUUCAGCUGCCGGGGCUGAUUUGGGUUGCUAUGAAGGCAUUCACAUUUUACAUAUGAUCGUGGCCAUAAUUGGAGUGGUGUUACUAAUAUUUUUUCAUUUUUCCACAACAUUGUUGUAUUUUGAUUUGAAGUAUAGAUUUUAUUGAUAAAAGUCCAAAAUCAAAAUUCCCUUUCAAUGGCUAUUAAUCUGAUGCUGAAUAUGCUAGGAUGCUUUUUAAAUUCGUAAUUCCUUUUCUAAUAAUUUUUAAUGCUCCAGGUACUUACAACAGUGAAAUGGUUGUGUUAUUUGGAGUUGGGGAUCUCAUCCUCCUAUUCUCUAGGUACAAUUACCCGAAAGGAUACAAUAAUUUCAUGUAUUUAUGAAUAAUUUGAUAAUUAGACAUUUCUACAAAAUCACACUAGAAAUAAUAGUUUUAUGGAUCAAUAUCUGUGUGAUAAUUACUGACUUCUUGGAUACUGGAUCACCUGAUGGUAUGGGUUUAUUAUACUUAUUUGUUUUGAUACCAUGUGUAGUAUUUGGAGGAUUGUAUGCUUUCAAGACUAUUCUAAAAGAAUCGAUGACAUUUUCAAUUAAAAACCUGAAAAAUGAGGAAGAGGCAGAUAACUAUUUGAACACUCUUUUAUAAUUGAUUUUGGAUCGGUAAUCUCCAGACACUAAAAUAAAGUUGAUGGGAGUAUUAAAAUUACAUUAUGUAUCUUGUACAAAAACAGGGUGUGCAUGCAAAUCAUUAAUUUCAUAAGACCACAAGAAGGAGGAGGUUAAUCAAGAGAAUUAGAAUUGGAUGAAGUUUUUGGUAUCCAUUUUGGAUGACAUCAUGGCUGAUGAAAAAUUUAAGGAGAAUGCUCGAUUCAAAAUCUUUUAUGCUUAUUUAUGCAAUGACGAAUUAAAAAACAAAUACAAUGCUCUACAUUAUAUGAUGAAGGCUGAAGAUACAAAGAAUCAUACUUUAAGAGAUGAAUUUUGUUUAUUCCGUUUCAAAUAACAUAUAGAAUAUGAAAUGCAAGAGGACUCUGAGAAAGCUCAAGAUAUUGAUGUUAAUUCAAUAGUCUUCUUCUAAAAUCAAUUGGUGGUUCUAACUAGUAUGAUAUAAAAGAGUGCAGAGUCACACUUAGAAUUUUGGAGAGAACUGUAAGAGGAUUAUCCAAAUAUACUAAAGUUAUAGAAUAUUGGAAUGAAAGUAUUGCAAUAGAUUGAUCUCUGCGAUGAAGCAUAUCAGGAACUGGUGGAGAUCAACAAUAACAAUUUAAAUUUAUUAGAAUUUUACAAUGCUUAUUUGCAAUAGGUAGUUCAUGAUAAGGAAUAGCAUGAGCAAUUAUCUUAACAGAUUAGUUAAAUUAAGAAAGCUAUAUUUUAAAGAAGGCAAGGAGUAGGAUAAGAGUCCAGGAUAACUGAAUCGCAGGAGACGAUAAUCAUAACAAUGAGUGGAAAUGUGGGUAGUAUAGGAAUAGUGGCCAGUUGUAAUAAUGAGAUCUAAAAGUCUUUGGGUUAUCCUGCUUCAGAUUUAUUUGAGUCGAAUGUAAGCAAGAUUAUGCCCAAAAUCAUAGGGGAUCAACAUAAUUAGUUAGUGGAGAAUUAUAUGAAAACAAACAAUUCCAAUAUCAUAGGAAUGGAACGAUUUGUACUUGCCUAGAAUAGUCAAUCAUUUUUGGUGCCUUGCAAAUUGAUGGUCAAAGUAUUACCAAAUUUAGAUAAAGGUAUACUUUUAGUUGGAUUUUUAAAGCCAUUAGAGAAAUUGCCUGGAACUCAUUAUAUGAUAUAUGAUGCAAUUUCAUAGCAAAUUUUGAAUUUUAGUGAAUCAAUCAAAGAACUAGGUAUAAAAAUUUAGAAUAUUGCAAUCACAAGUGCUUAAGAAUAAUCUAAAUUCUCAUUUGGAGCAGUGUUUAAAGAAUUGGGUGAUAUUAUAAAUAACCCUCUAAAUUAAAACGAAUAACCAUUAAAAACCUUGUUGUAUAAGUAAGAGGGUGAUAUAUAUUCUGUUGAAACCACUAUAAAUAUUAAACAAAUUAAUGAUACUCUGGUGUAAAUCAACCAUGAUCAAGAGAAUAAGAAGUUGGGAACCUCUGCCAUAGAAUAAGAGAAUAUUUAUACGAGCUAUGAUUACAAGAAGGUUAAGUUAGAAUUAAUAGAAGAGAGAUUCCCAUUGGCAGAUGAUGGUCAACCAGCAGGAGGGAGUAUAUAUCAUAUAAUAGUGAUUCGAGAGGACAUUGAUUAGGAGAAGAUCAACUAUGGAAAAUCAUCGAUAAAACAGAGAUUGGAUGAGACCAAAAAUAUGAUAGUCUAAUAAAAAUCAAUUGAAGAAGAAGAAGACUAAUAAAAGAAUCAUCAAUCUUCAAUUGAGGACGAUCAAGAAGAAAAUAAGUAGACUAAAGAUAUUAGAAGUGCUUUAGAGUAAUCCAAAACUCCGAAGUAGAUCAUUUAUCUUAGAUAUUUGUCUUUAAUUUUAUUCCUAUCAACUUUGGCCUUGUCUAUAAGUAAAUUGGUGUUGUCUUUGCAAUAAUCAGUUUUAGUGGAUGAGGGUGUAAGUGCCAUUCGUUAAGCACAUCGGAGACAUUCAUUAAUGGCAGACAUUAAUUUAUACAGUCGGUAUUUACACUUAACAUCCUUUGGAUAUUUUGAUUCAUCUUUAGAUGGCGCAUUUAAAGCGAAUAUAAGUGUGUUAGUUGAUAAGUUAUAAGUGAUAUAAUUCGAUAUGAUUGAGUUUAGAAUUAAAGUAGAAAGCCGAAGUGGCUAACAAAUGGACGAUGAUUAAUAUGAUGUAGUGUUUCUGCUUUCAAAUAAUGAAACAAAAUUAUAUGGUAACAUAUUUAACGAUGCUAUCUUUGCUUAUAUUACAUCUGCUUCUUCUUUCAAAAAGGCCACUCUCUCAUAAUUUAAUGAUUCCACUAAUUCUAGUAGUGUUGCUAAGAAUUUGUUUUAUGUAGUGGAGAAUGGUUUAGAUGUUCUCAGAAAUGGAUCUGAAAGAAUAGCAGAUAAAUUUUAUGAUUUUUAUUUUGAACAAGUAGAUUCCCAAACUAUCAAUGCUGUCAUUAUUCUAAUCACAGCCUUAGUUAUCAUAGUUAUUUGUGAAGUCAUUUAUGUGCCUAUUUUCAUGAGCAUCUUCAAUGAACGAAAACGAUUAAUCAGUUAUUUUGGCAUGAUCUCAAAUGAUGACAUCAAGAAUUUAAUUGAUCAAGGAGAUACAUUUAUUCAAGAUCACAUCACAAAAUUUAAGAGUUCUGAUGAAAUUUAUUAGGUUGAUUAGCCUCAAUAACAAAAUUAAGUUGAAAGCUCUUUGAAUUAAGAUCAAAGUCAAGAUGUGAUCGAAAGUCCGAAAAUAAAAGUGGAAAAGGAGUAGAGGAAAUCCCUCUUUGAUUCAUCAAAGGAAAAACAUCAAAGAAUCUAUGAAAGUCAAGGAGGUAAUCAUUAUCUAUUAAUAUUUUCAUUCAUCUGUAUUGGUUCACUCUUGAUGAUUGAAUAUAUUGUUAUGUACGUCUUAGAAGAUCAAUCAAUCAGCGAUGCAAAAUUAAUAAUGGAUCAUUACCUGUACAUCUCUCGACGAGCAAGCAUUAUUAAAUUUAAUAUACUGUUCACCUUGGAAUCUCUAGUUAAUAAUGGCUAACCCAGAGUUUACAUGGAAAAUGACCUUAACAAAUAUUAUAAUGAGAAGGUGUAUUCAAAUGAACAGGAUCUAUUCAAGACUUUAAUUAACACCUAUCCCUCUUCAUUUGAUGAUUACUUUGCCUUCUUCAACAAUGUUAAUUUCUUGAAUGUCUGUGAGCAUAUUACAUGGAUCAAAACACUCUAAUUGAUUACACAAUCCUUCAUUUUUGUGGAUACAGUUGAUAAUUUUACGAAUUAUACCUUCUCCUCAUCAGAAUUAGAUCUAGAAUGCAAUACAGUAAAAGAAGGAAUCCUUACGAAAGGGUUAAGAGAUGCCAUUUUUUUAGUUGCUUUGAGAAACAAUGAACUGCUGGCAAGGUUUUCAAAUUUGCAAGACAGUUUGAAUUAAUUCUAAAUACAAGAGCUAUUGCGUAAAUACAUUUUGCCUACCUUUUGGGAAAAUAACAACAUUUUCUAAAGUUGCUUUUAUGAGUAAGGAAUUUUAGUUUAUAUUAGUUUCUUGGAUAUUCGUGAUUCAAUAUAGAUCUAUAACUUCGUUGGGUUUGUUGGGUUUUUAAUUUUGAUAUUUUUAUUUUUGUGGAUCUCUUAUCUAGCUAAAGUUCAAGCUGGAAUUCAAUAAUAAAUGAGAAUGCUCACUCUGAUACCAGAUGAUCUAAUAGAUAAAUAUGCAAAACUCAAAGAGGCUAUAGAAUUUCAUGUAUUAGGAAUUCAGCAAAUGUAAUAAUGAAAUAAUCAUAUAAUAAUAAUAUAAUUAUGUACAACCCAGUUGAGUAUUAUUACUCAAAUGAUUACUAUGUGACUCAAAUCACUAAACCAGAAACUACUAGAAAUAAUAGUUCCUAUUCACCUAGAAAACUCAUCAUGGGAUAUUGGAAGAAGGAUUACAAAUCCUUUAUUAAACAAAGGACAAUGAAUUUGGAAUCUAAGGAAAUCCAGCCUCAUUCAGCUAAGCAAAAAGGUAUGAAAUAAUCAUUCACUCGAUUGGCAGAAUCUAUUUUAAAUGCUAGUAAUUGUUUUGAAAAUAUCCCAAAUAGAUAGACAAAGACAGAUAGAUUUGUCAAGAAAUUGAAAAAUAAUAUCACCACUCCAUCGCCAUAACAUUCUAAAGGGCAUAAUUAUGAUGUUCGCAAAAUUCCAGGUCGACUUUAUAAGGGAUCGCUUCUCAAAAAUUUUGAUAACACUACAAAUUCAUUUGAAAAGUCUUAUAUUUUGGAUUCAAAAAAGGAAUUUGGAUAUUCUUCAAUGAGUCCAAAAACUACAAAGAAAGAUCAAUGUUCAGAAUAACUUAGAUAAAAGCAUAAGCAAAUUUCAAAUACAGAAUAAGUAGUAACACCUUACAAAGAACUUAAAUAAUAACUGACAAUAAGAAGAUCGACAUUGAAUAACACAAACUCUACAAUCUCCUUAAAAAAAACAAUUUAUAAUGUUGUUGAUGAAAAAUUAGAAGGUAUGAAACUAGAAUCCCUAUUAAUAAAACCUUGUCCAAAUACUAUCAACAAUUUGGUGAUGAUUCAAUUUGAAAAUGUGUUAGGCUAUGAUGAAUCUAGUUUUUUUGGGUUAUAACCUGAUUUUGUCGGAAGCAAAUAAUAUGAAGAAUAUUUAAUAUUGAGGGAUCAUUAUUUUUAAAGAGCUACAUCCACUUCAUCCUUUUAUGUACACAAAAACAUCAAAGAACUUUUUAAUUCUAUAUCUAGAGUUUAUCAGAUAGGCAUUUAUACACUCAAUUAUUCAUCACUUCUCAAAGAUCUUAUCAAUGAAAAAAAACUAAAAAUUAAUGGUGCUUUUUCAAUAUCUGAUUACAAAAUAGACACAUUUGUAAUCGACAUUACUACAGUCUUAACCAACUUUAAAAUUAAGAAUCCUCAAUUAUUAAUAUUUAUUCAACCUUUCUAAUUACUCAAUUAAUAGGAAUUCUUUAUACCGAAUCAUACCAAAAUUCCUUAUUAUGAUUACUAUGGAUAACGAUUCUUCAUUCCUUUCACUAAAUCAAUCCACCCAAAUUAAUAUAGACUGUUAGCUUUACCAAGUUUGUAAAUGCAAAAUUUAUUCAAAAAUGAAGAGCAAAGUAAAGGAUUUUCAUAGAUUAAUUAUUUUAUUGAAUAAUUCACUCUUGCUUUGUAAAGCGAAAGUAACUUUGCCUAGUUUCUUAGCAAGAGUCAAAAUAAAGUUAGAUGCAUCAAUCAAUCGUCAUAUUUUAGAUAAUUAAAACAACGAUUGUUAUAAUCAGUUUAUUUUAUUGACACUUUAAAACUUAAUCAAGAUAAAUGUGACGAAAUCAAAUUUAAAAAAAAAGAAAGCAAUGAUAAAUCAUCAAACAAGAUUGAGAAUAUAAAGCAAAUGGAGAUUUUGAACAACGACAUAAUAAAUAGAAACAAAGAAAUACUUGAAAAACUUAGGAAUUUCAAAUGCAACCCCCAAAACAAUCUAUCAUAAUUGCAUUCAGAACUACAGUAACAGUUGAUUAGAUUAAAUUACUGUGAAAUGUUUGUUGAUUCUUGCUACUACUUGCCCUAUUGA